UUGUGACCCAUGCAAGCACGGCCCCAAAAGGGAAGGCUGGGCUCAGGCGGUGUGUCAGUGCAACCUGACAACGGCAGGAGAAGAAUCAGAGGAGGAAUAUCCAGAGGAGACUGCGGUGUUCCUCAACCUGACCAACGGGUGGAGAAGGCAGACAGGAGCAGGACUCACGCAGGGCUGAGCAGGGAGUAGUGGCCUCGUGGCUCUGGGCCUGUUCUGCCAACUCCUCACACACUCUGCUUUCUCCAGCAGAGAGAGAGGACAAACACCUGGAGCAGACCAUAGCAUUCCUGGACAGCGACUCACAGCUGACAGUUGCCAUGACUGACAGGAAGCAGGAGGGCCCUGGCGCCAGGGAGCCAGCAUGCAUGCUGUGUCGCCGUGUGGAGGCUGACCCGGACACCUGCGGUGACAAAGUGGAGAAGGGUGGGCUCUGUGCCCACGUCUUUUGCCUGGUGCGUGGCUGCAGCUCUGUGGGCUGGGACCCAGCAGUGGCCGCAUCCUGCGCCCUGCCCGGAGCCGCGGGGCUGCCAGGGGAGGCCCCGAGGCUGCUGCUGAUGGGGCUGCUUGGCUCUUUCCAGCGCUGCUGCGUCUGUGGCCAGAGCGGGGCAACCAUCACGUGCUGCAAGGAGGACUGCGAGAGAUGGUUCCACCUGCCCUGUGCCAAGGAGGGCGGCUGUGUCAAUCAGUACAUUCCUCCAUACAGCUCCUAUUGCCCUGAGCACCGUCCAGAGCAGGACGUGCGGGCGACUCCAGAGCCGGGCACCGAUUGCCCCAUCUGCAUGGAGCCUGUGGAGGAUAGAAAGACCUUUGAAACCAUGGUGUGCCCAACGUGCAAAAGAGCCUGGUUCCACAGGGACUGCAUCCAGGUCGGAUCCCUCCCCUCAGCCCUGGGGCGCAGCAGGUGCUCAGCAGCACCUGGGCGGCUCACACUGCAUGUGUUUGCCCUGCAGGGACAGGCCAUGUGCGCUGGUCUUUUAUACUUCUGCUGUCCCCUGUGCAGAGACAGUGAGGACUUCUCUGUUGAAAUGUUCAUCAUGGGGAUCCGAAUCCCCUUCAGACAUCCAACGUGGGAGGAGAACAAUGCCUUUGCUUAUCUUGGAGAGAGGCACAGCAUGUGCAAUGCCAGGGAAUGCCUUUACCCUGGAGGCAGGGAGGAGGCAGAGCAUGAGGGGCCCUGGCAAUUGCUCCUGUGCUCCUCCUGUGCUGCUGAGGGCACCCACAGGCGCUGCUCUGGCCUGAGAAACAAGACAUACAGAUGGGAGUGUGACAGCUGUGCUGGUCUUGGAACGUCCUCCAGGGAUGAGCCAGAGCUCAGUAGCCCCAGCCUGGCCAGACAGUCAGGACAGGAAUCUGCUCAUGGCUCCUCAGAAUCCCAGGACAUCAGGCCAAGCUCCGGUACGCCGGUGCCAUCGGGGCUGGUUCCCCCGUCUCCAUCUCCAGAGACCAGCAGCCAAAACAGCCAGCAACAGCCAGCAUCACAGCAGUCACUGCCAUCUUCCUUGCUGGACACCAGCAGCCCCAGCAGAUCAAGGCCAACAUACAGCAGCUCCCCAGACCCUGAGGACGGGCUCCAUUCCAGACGUGCUGGGACUGACCGCAGGCGAAACAGCUCUGGCCCGCAAGCGCCGGGCCUCGGAUCCACCUGUGCAGUCCAGGAGUGGCCAGGACAGCAGCAGGAGGACAGCAGCGCGUGCUGA